AUGAUGUCGAAAAGUGUUGAUGACGCCAUCAGAAUUCGGGACAACCAGAGGCGUUCACGGGCAAGGCGGAAGGAUCUCAUCAAGGACUUACAGACCCGUGUCCAAGAGUAUGAACUGAAGGGUGUCACUGCGACGCAGGACAUGCAACGAGCGGCACGCAAGGUUGCUCAGGAGAACGAACGCCUUCGGACUUUACUCGCACGUCACGGGAUUUCGAGAGACGAGGUCGAUUUGUUCCUCCGGUCGUGCGAACAGACAGAAAGCUCGGCUGAACCAGAGACACCAGUAUCACUCGUAAGGAGUCCAACAAUCUUAUCUCCAUACACGAUCAAUCCUGGACCAAGGUUACUACAUGUACAGCCUUCGAGUCAGGCCCACCCUAGGGAAUACAAUCCUCGGCCAUCGCCUCUACAGAUUACAAGACAGCCUACGCAAAUCGCAAGACAUCCAGGCCAACGAGAUUACUCGACUGCAACAUGCGGACUGUCAACGAAAGCUGCGACAGAAGUUCCCGCCAGUGCCGCAAUUACUUUAAGGCCUGUCGAGGCUUGCAAACAGGCUGAAAGCCACUACGCCAGCCCGAGCCAGACCGACUCAUCACCACCACCAAGGUCCCAUGAAUCUUAUCCAGCUUUCGCAUACCCGGAACGCCAAUCACCUAAACAACGCCAAGGAUGCUGUCCUCCCAAAAGCCAAAUAGAAGCCAAUAUAGAAGACCCAGACUGUCCAAACACAGCUGACUGCUUCUGUCCUCCCACAGCGGAAACCCCUAGUACAGCAGCGACUAGGCCAUCUAUUGGCAGCGAUGAGAUAUCGUGUGAGACAGCCGCCACUAUUAUUGCUCAAAUGCGAGGAGAUGGGGAUGAUGCAGCAGCGCGAGCCUCGCUUGGAUGCAAUAAUGGGGAGGUGUGCGGCAUCAAAAAUUCAUUCCUCAUGCAGAUUAUGGACGAACGGUAA